UGUGAUGAUCCGUGGGAGCCGAGGGAGUCGAGCCUCGGCAGCGAGACGGAGCCGCGGCGUGUCCAAUGGCGUCGCUCUCUGACGCGCGACGACCACAACGCGGACCAAUGCGGUGCCUCGGUGGGCGGGCCUUCUCUCCCUUGUAUUGUGAUUGAAUCGGUCCAGUUUGUAUUAGUUGGACGAGGAGCAAAAGGGAGGGCAGGCAAGGAAGAACCGAGAGAGAGAGGGGGGAAAUCUCUCACCGAAACGCGCGUAACUGUGGAUACCGGGGGGUUUGUUUUAAAUGCUCCGUCAUGGUUAGAAACGGGAUUCAUGUGAGCUGCUGCAGCUCCGGCAGCCCUCCAGUCGUGACGAGGUGUAUUGUCUGCGGUGCCUGAGCACAGUCUGAGCAGCGGGGCUUGCGUUUUUGCAAAAGGAUGCACUGGAUGAUAACUGCGCAGGGAUGCCUCCGCUUGAACAUGGACAAACAGGGCGGCUGCAACAAUGAUGAAGGCUUCUUCUUCUUCUUCCGUUUUGUUUUGAACACACGGAAUCAUCACGGAUGUGGCCAACAUUAAAAGACCCCCCCUUUGCAUCCUCCGUCGUUCCCCCUCAUGAAGACCAUUGCGCAGUGCAGCGAAAACGGGAUAUCGUGUUGUGGAUUUCCAAUUGGUGGUGAAUAUAUUACCUAAUAAUAAAGAUUCUACUGGGGCAUCAAUCCCCAGUGUCAGGCUGCACACAUCACCACAGAGCGUUCUGCUGCUGCUCAGUCAAUGUAAGGAACAUCCGUCCAGUGGUGACCAGCCACUUUUCCUCGGGUACAGAUGAGAGGCAAACAAUAUCAUCAACCACUGAAGUUGACAGCGCCCUGGGAGAAGGAUGCUGGCUUUGGGAGGAAGCUCAAAACCUACAGGAACCACACCAAGAUAAUAGCUCAGCCGGGCAUCGUGAUGAAAGUCCUCCGCAGGAAGAGGAUCGUCUUAUUUAUGGCCUAUUUCCUGCUGCUCGUGCUCACCAUGCUCAACCUGGCUAAUUACAAGUGGACCAAAGAGCCACAGCAGUGCAACCACCAGAUGAGGAGCACCACGUACCAGAGCAGAUCGGACAUCCGCUUCCUGUACAGGCCGUCCAUGGCGAAGAAGAGGCAGCUGGUCUACGUGCUGACCACGUGGAGGUCGGGGUCGUCGUUCUUCGGGGAGCUUUUCAACCAGAAUCCCGAGGUGUUCUUCCUGUACGAGCCGAUGUGGCACAUCUGGCAGAAGCUGUACCCGGGCGACGCCGUGUCUCUGCAGGGGGCGGCGAGGGACAUGCUCAGCUCGUUGUACCGCUGCGACCUGUCCGUGUUCCAGCUUUACAACAGCCCCGGGGGGAAGAACUUCACCUCCCUGGGACUGUUCGGGGCCACCCUCAAUAAGGUGGUGUGCUCCUUCCCCCUGUGCUCCGCCUACAGGAAGGAGGUGGUGGGGAUGGUGGACGAUAAGGUGUGUAAGAAAUGCCCCCCUCAAAGCCUUAGACUGUUGGAGGAGGAGUGCCUGAAGUACAACACCAUAGUCAUAAAGGGGGUCCGGAUUUUGGACGUUAACGUGCUGGCCCCCCUCAUGGAGGAUCCCUCCUUGGAUUUGAAGGUGAUACACCUGGUCAGAGACCCUCGGGCGGUGGCCAACUCCAGGAUCAAAUCCAGGCACGGUUUGAUACGGGAGAACUUACAGGUGGUCCGCAGCAGGGACCCGAAACUGCGCCGGAUCCCUUUUGUGGAUCCGGGUCACAAAGCCAACAAGAAGGACGGCUCGGACUACCACUCAAUCGGGGCCAUGGAGGUGAUCUGCGACCGCACCUCCAGGACUCUGAGGACUGCCUUAAACCCGCCGGCCUGGCUGAAGGGGAAGUACAUGGCGGUGCGCUACGAGGACCUGGUGGAGAACCCGGCGAAGAUCCUGCGGAGCAUCUACCGCUUCACCAACCUCACCGCCAACCACGACAUCGAGACGUUUGCGCUGAACAUGACCAGCGGCUCGAGCUCCUCCUCCAAGCCGUUCAUCGUCUCCUCCAGGAACGCCACGCAGGCGGCGAGCGCGUGGAGGACGGUGCUCAGCAUCCAGCAGAUCAAACAGGUGGAGGACUACUGCCACCACGCCAUGUCCGUGCUGGGCUACGAGAGGGUCAGAACAGCCGGGGAGGCCAAGGACUUGGGCAAAUCACUUCUGACUCACUCCAAACUGUAAACGCCACCAAAGACCCUUUAAUUUAAUCUUCCUUUUUUUUUUGCAUCGAGUGCCGUUUCCUCUUAUUGUGGAAUUAAAAGCUUUACUUUGAAUCAGUGUUCAAAGAGCUCGGCUUGCCACUUUUGGAAUGUAUCAUGUUUGCCCCCCCCCCUCGUUGAAUUUGCAGUGGUGUUUGAAGGCAGCGCUCCUUUUUUUCUAUGGAUUAUUGGAUGUUUUGACAAUGCAAAAGGCCGACAGAUAAACGACUCAAAAAAGUGAAGCUGCAACCGUGAAAAAAAGAAAAAGAAAGAACAACUGUAUAAUUCAUGUAACUUGUUAUGAUGAUGACACUACAAAGUGGAUGUUUUGGGGUUAUUUUUGAAUGUUCAAGACCUUACAAAGAAUCUGUUUUUUUCUUCUCUCUGCAGUCUCCAUACUGUCUGUACAAGUGAAAAUAGUGAAUGAAAGAAAAAGUAAAAAAAAAACGAAGAAAGAUCUGAUUUAAAAAUAAGCUCAUUGCUGAUGUUCUUUGUACGAUCUGGUUGAAGUCAGAGACAAUCAUUUGAUGAUGUGCCAUAAAGUAGAGGUGUGAUGAGUAUAGGCGACAUCUCAAACAGCAGUGUAGUGUUUUUUUUUCUAGAAUUCAGAAGUUUUAAAAAACAAACAAACAGAUGUUUAGUUUUUUUUGUCACCAAACGCACUGUGGACACAGCGUCAUGGCUCCACAGCUGGAACGUCUCCUCUCAGUGUCGCUGUGCGCCGUCUGUUCUACCAUUUCAAAAAUGUUUACAAUUGCUUGCUCUUAUAGAAAAACACAUGAUCUGGGAAUAUUGCAUUGAGUAAAGUUCACAGUUAACAAGAA